UGUUGAAACAGCAGGCCUUCCUCUUACAUGUAUGUAUCAAACUGUUUAUACCUUAAUGGCCUGUAACAUCACAGAAUACUGUGUUCAGGUCUCUCCUUGACCUUGCUUUUGUUUUCUGGAGACAAGACUAAAAUGCUUUUCCCUUCCUGAGCUACGAGUAGCUCCAGCUUCCUUUUCAGUAGCAGCUCCACUGACUGAAAGUGAACACGGAACGGAAUUCCACUUAGAGCGACAGUCUAUUUUUACACAUAAUCAUUCAUAUAGUCUGCUAUAAAAUGAGUUCUCCAAAAGAGGUCCUGAGACAAAAUCUGAAGAUGAUCCAUGGAUAUCCUAUGGUCUAUGCUUUUACAAUCAACUGGGAAAGGAUUGAACGGUUUCAGAGCAGGCCAGAUGACAUUGUGAUCUCCACUUACCCUAAAUCAGGUACCACUUGGAUUAGUGAAAUUGUGGAUAUGAUUCUAAAUAAUGGAGAUAUUGAAAAGUGCAAGCGAGAUGUUAUUACUGCUAGAGUUGCAAUGUUGGAAAUGAGUGCUCCUGGAUUACGAUUAUCAGGUGUAGAAGAAUUAGAACAGAUGCGUCCGCCUCGGCUUGUGAAGACACAUUUGCCAAUUGACCUUCUUCCUAAAUCAUUCUGGGAGAACAACUGCAAGAUGAUUUACAUGGCCCGGAAUGCGAAGGAUGUCAUGGUCUCCUAUUACCACUUUGACUUGAUGAAUAACUUACAUCCUUAUCCUGGACCCUGGGAAGAAUAUCUGAAGAAAUUCAUGACUGGAGAUGUGGCCUAUGGUUCCUGGUUUAAUCAUGUUAAGACCUGGUGGAAGAAAAAGGAAGAACAUCCAAUACUUUUCUUAUUUUAUGAAGACAUGAAAAAGAAUCCAAAGGGAGAAAUUCAGAAGGUUAGCAGCUUUUUGGGGAAGAGCUUGAGUGAUGAGAUCGUGGACAAGAUCAUCUAUCAUACUUCAUUUGAAGUUAUGAAGGACAACCCUCUGGUCAAUUACACACAUCUGCCCACUGCAGUCAUGGAUCAUAGCAAGUCCCCUUUCAUGCGCAAAGGGAUUACUGGAGACUGGAAGAAUUACUUCACAGUGGAAGAAAAUGAGAAGUUUGAAGCCUUCUACAAGAAGGAGAUGUCUGACACUACUCUUCAAUUCUGCACAGAGAUUUAAAAUGCUAUUUAAAGAAGAAAAUACCUGUUGUUUAUUGAGAUGGGGGCAAUUAUAACCUGAAUUAACAUUCAAAUCAAUUUAUCAAAGAGAAUGUAUGCUUUCAACAUUUUGAACUUUUAGGCCACAGAUUGGUUGCUGUGAGUCUUCUAUUGACCUAAAUCUCAUGCCACGCUUACCUUUCCCAGGCUGCUUCUGCAUUUUGCUGAACAAGUAGUGAAUGAGAGCAGCAUUCUAUCUCUGAUGCUGGAGAUCAUUUGUUCUGUAGGCUUGUUAUAGUAUGUAUCACAAAUUGCUUCAGAGUGUGAACUCUAGAAACAUAUUUGUCCAAGAGUACCUACUGUACUUAACCUCCCAUGUAGUAUGACUUGAGGCUAAGCUCUCCUCCCUACUCGUAUGGUCCAGGAAGUGCUGUCUGCCCAAAGACACUGUCUGUCUCAAUUCUCCUUCAGUGUGACCCAGGACACCAUGCCCUAGUGCUAUCUGCUAGCGUUCAAGUUGUUCACUGAGUCAUAGCUCCUCUUCCUUCAAUCCUUCUAUUGAGAUAACACAGUUCUAGCCCUAGAUCUUGUGGAGAAUUUGUAAAUGUUUUCCUAUACCUUAUCUUGUUGCUAAGUCUCCAAAGUCAAAAACCUAUCAUCACCUACACACUGUCUUUCUUAUCCAGCCUCCCUUAUACUUACUGUCAGACAUUCCAUGUGUUUGGACUGAUUGAUAGACAUGUGAUUGUAACAUUCGUUUCUCAACUCUACAGCGUUCUUGCAUGUAUAACAAGACCUUUUGAAGAAGGUCAUAUUGAUUGACAGCUACCAAACUCAUCCAAAUGAAGCUGGUUAGAGCGCCCUGGGUUAGGUCAUAAUUGUUCAGGGACUUAGACACAUUGAAAUAAAGCAGAGAUAGUAGUGAGCACAUAUCAGCUAUUAUCCUGGAAUGUCUGAGAUAACUUCUUAGACCUGAAAUUUGUUUCAAUGUAGCAGAGAAUUUAUUCAGCUCCAGCUGCGAACUUAUUGGAAGAGGUAUGCCUUUGAUCUUGAGAUGAUAGAUCCUAUAGGUUUGCUUUGAUAUGCAUUAUAAAUUUUCAUAGUAUGCAAUUGUGUUUCUAUUCCUUGGAAACAUCUUGUCGGAGGUAAUCUUGAAUUACUUGAGGUACUGUGAGGUAAUUUCAGCUUUUUGGAAUUUUUUUUUUUUGUUCCCAGCUCCUGGUUCUUCUUUUUAGGAAUAAGUUUUUAACUGGAUUUUAUUCAAUAUACUGAAAAUAAUGCAGAAAGAAAACAGAGUUUUCCUUAUUUUUUGAUGAAUAGCUGUCCUUUAUUCAGUCUGUUUCAUUAUUCAAAUGUCAGCACCCUGAUUAGCUCACUGUCUAGCUCACCUAACACCCAACAGCUGCAACUAGAAUCCAGAAAGUUAAAUUCCACGACUGGAAACUCAGCUUCAGAAGCAAUUACUACCAUUUGACAUCAUUCAAAACUUUGUUACCAACUUGAUUUCCUAAAACAAUGCUCUAGUCACUCCUAUUAUUCAACAAUUUUCAAACAAAAAUCAUUCGAUUGGCAUUUUCUCAUGGAAAUACAAUGAUGUAAGGACAACAGUGACAAAAUACCUGACAACUAUAUAUAUAUAUAUGUAUAUCUAUCUAUAUAUACAUGUAUAUAUAUAUAUUGUUAAUGGAAAUGUGUCGAUAGUUAAAGGUCUGUUUUUCAAGAAGCCAGAGCAUGACCAAAAAAAGAGAGAAAAAACAGCCACCUCUCACACUAUAGAUUGACACUGAAAAAAACCACAAUGUUUUAUUUCACUCUACCCUAUUUUGGAGUGUUCUGUUCCUCGUUUGUCCUUAUUCACACCAUUUAUGCCACUUUGCUAUUAACUGUGUGUUCUAAGGGUUUUGAGCACUGACUAGUUUGUCCUACUUAUCAUCAAUUCUCCUCUACAUUUCAGAAAAUUUCCCAUAUACCGAAAAGAAAGAUAAUCAGUUCCAAACAUUUGAUACUAAAGAGACAUGAGAAACCAAGUGUUUUGAUAGUUUGUCAUAUAAUUGCAAAAAGCCAGAAAGUAAAAUGAGUGGAUAUAUAGAUUUUUAGAAAACUAUUUGUACAAAUGUGUCUGAUUAUUUGUGAUCAUUGAAAUUGUUAUACAGUAGCAAAAUUCACAUUAUUGAAAAAGUGAUUCCAAUCUAUUUUCAUAUUUUACUACUUAAGAUGUAUAUGCUCACAAUAAAGAAAAAUAAUUCAUUCUGAAAACAUUAUGUCUCACAA